AUGGAUAAGAAGGGUUUCUCCUGGUACAUCAAUUUCCACCACAGUAACUUUGGAUUGGGUCCGAAAUGNUUCUUUGUGCCAUUGCAGUGCAACAAAUCAGUGGCCACCCAGACGCGACUGUCAAAGAGGGAGGGAGAGCGGUUCGCGGCCAUCCGCACUACUGUGGAGCGAGUCUUCAAGAAAAAUACCGCGAGAUUUGCCAAGCGUUCCGUGCAGUCUCCAACCAAGAGUUUCUGGAUUCAAAGGACGCCAACACAUUCUUGUUCGGACGUGGUAUCGGGAAGCGAAACCUUAACGAGGAAUGCUGCGGUGAGGGAUGCUCCGAUGAGGAAAUUUAUGAACUCUGCUAAAGAGAAACCAACGCGACCCUAGCUGGCUUCUAUACUGAGAUAGGAUUGUUGGUGGUUUUCUUCAUUAAAUAAUAAAUAUGAAAUGGCAUUUGCUUCCCUUUUGACAUGUCGUGAACAUUCAGCACGCAGCUCCUAUUUCUAACGCGUAUAUUACCUCCCAUUUUGGGGGAGUCGAUUCUGCCCCAAAGUGUCGGCUCUCUCAAAACAAAUCUUUGGACCUUGACAUGCAUAGCAAAAAAUAUGGCAAGUUUUGAUCCAACCGAAUGGAUCCAACUUUUCUCCUAGCGGGCAAUUAACGGACGAUCAGCGCACUGAUCACCCCCUUCAGGUUCCUCAAGGUUGAAAUGAAGUAUUGAAAGGCAUAACAGCUUACCUUUCAAACUAAAGCAAGUUUCCUAUACAGAAAACUAUGUGCUUUUGUUGGCACGCGGGACACACAGUUCUCUGUUUUGGUUGACCGUCUUCUGAUCAAGCAAUUCAUAAAAAAGACUCCUGCCUGUAAUGUGCUUUUGGGUCAUCUGACGAAUGCGAUAAACCACCAAAUCAUAGCAAACAAUAGUUUCCAUGCCAACCAUGCCUAUGCAUUAUUAGCAAUUCUCCUCUGGGAGUUAUGCCUUAAUUUAAAUUAGCAAAACUUUCUACAAAGGGCGUAUUUACUAGAUUACUUCACCCUUUCAGCUGUUCUUCCUGUUUGCUAUUUUAUCUUUUCCAUCAGCACAACCGUGAUUUGAGUCUACAUGAAAGAUUAAAGUUAACUUGCAAAGCAGUCAAUUGGUAAACUGUGUGACGAUUUUUAGAACAUGUAGCUUUUGGACGUUGAAGAACGUCAAACUAUUUGUAAGAUUGGCUGUCCGGGAUAUCAUUUGAAUUAUUGCACUAGAGACUAGACAACAUUAAACAAAGUUGGCCAAGUGUACGGAGAACAAAGGAAAAAGUCUUCAACAUUUGUAAUUGAGCCAGUUAUUUAUAGGUAUACAAAUCUGAUUUAUGGCAUCACAUCCCCCGAUCUUUAUUCUUUGCACUCCCCGCGCCUGGCACAGAACAACAUACCACCAAAGCAAGAUAAGCGCAUGAUUUAAGUUCUUAACUUAAACUUCAAUUUUCCUCUGUGUCCCUGUCGUGUCAUAUUAAGCGCUGGAUGACUUUGCCGCCCAAAUUCUGAGCGCAACACACUGUUGCGUUCCCUAAAUACCAGGCUUGCAGUAGCAUGGGCUUUUACUAUUUUUCACAAAGGAUGUGAUAUGCAGGGUCAACAUUUUACAGAAUGUACUAAAAUGAGCGGGAUACAAAGGUUUGGGGUUACAGUCAAACUGGGUGGCUGGUUUGUUGCUCUCACCUGUCUUCUAUUGUUUCAUAUAAGUUCAAACGUGGUUUGGAAAAAGGUGUAGCUUGAGAUAAAGUUACAGAGGUGAAGUUGUAUGUUCGUAAACUACGGCUUGGCAGGAAACAUUGGUGUAGACUAUUUUCCAAGUUUAGUUGGCAAUCUGGUUUAUUGCAUUUAAGAAGAAAUUCAAGAAAAAACCCUCCUGGUAUGUAGUUGCUGUCCCUCCCUUGAAUAUAUGUGAGCUUCAAGUAAAGAGAAAACAAAGAUAAUUAACAGCACGUUUAAUAAAGAUCUUUUUAUCGUUACACUCUAAUGACUUCAAUCUAAAUAGAAUGAAAAGGCA